UAAACUUUACUGUCCCAUUCGUGCUUCCUGACUCCACUCACAUGCGCUGACAAGGAAGAGCCGGAGAGUAGGUUUUAAUCCGCGAUAAUUUGGAGUUUUUGUAUAUUUUUUGGUGAGAUUUACGGUCAUUUUUAUGCACAAAGUAGAGACAGAAAAGUUUGCGUGCGUCUGUGUAUGAGUACGUAACCAGGAUGAUCGCUGCCCAGCUACUAGCUUAUUACUUCACUGAACUCAAGGAUGACCAGGUUAAAAGGAUUGACAAGUACCUGUACUCCAUGCGCUUCUCUGAUGAGACGCUGUUGGACAUCACACAGAGGUUUCGCAGGGAGCUGGUCAAAGGACUAGGACGGGACACUAAUCCCACGGCUGCCCUGAAGAUGCUGCCAACAUUUGUGCACUCAAUCCCAGAUGGAUCAGAAAAGGGAGAUUUCAUUGCAUUGGAUUUGGGCGGAAGUAACUUCAGGAUCCUCCGUGUAAAAGUGAGCCACGAAAAGAAACAGACUGUUCAAAUGGAGAGUGAAGUCUAUGACACACCUGAAGAUAUUAUUCACGGGACAGGACAAAGGCUGUUUGACCAUGUGGCAGAGUGUCUCGGUGACUUUAUGGAGAAACACAAGAUCAAAGACAAGAAGCUGCCCGUCGGAUUCACAUUCUCCUUCCCCUGCCAACAAACUAAACUAGAUGAGGGGUAUCUUCUAACUUGGACAAAGCGCUUCAAAGCCAGUGGUGUAGAGGGAAUGGAUGUUGUUCAGUUGUUAAAUAAAGCUAUUAAAAAACGUGGGGACUAUAACGCAGACAUUAUGGCAGUAGUAAAUGAUACUGUGGGAACGAUGAUGACGUGCGGAUUUGAUGACCAACGCUGCGAAGUUGGAAUUAUUAUUGGUACAGGCACUAAUGCGUGUUACAUGGAGGAGCUGCGUCACAUUGAGCUGGUGGAGGGGGACGAGGGCCGGAUGUGUGUGAACACCGAGUGGGGAGCUUUUGGAGACGACGGCCGACUGGAGGACAUCAGGACCGAGUUUGACAGAGAGAUAGAUAGAGGCUCGCUGAACCCCGGCAAACAACUAUUUGAAAAGAUGGUCAGCGGCAUGUACAUGGGGGAGUUGGUUCGUCUCAUUCUGGUGAAGAUGGCUCGAGAAGGUCUGCUGUUUGAAGGCAGGAUCACACCAGAGCUGCUCACCAAAGGCAAAAUAGAGACCAAGCAUAUCUCAGCAAUGGAAAAGAACAAGGAGGGACUGUGCCGGACCAAAGAGAUUUUAGUCAAACUUGGUGUUGAGCCUUCAGCAGAUGACUGUAUAGCUGUGCAGCAUGUUUGUGCCAUUGUGUCGUUCCGCUCAGCCAGUUUGAUUGCCGCUACUUUGGCGGGGAUCUUAUUGAGGCUAAAGGAGAACAAAAGUGUAGCUCGUCUGCGGACCACUGUCGGCGUUGAUGGGUCCCUCUACAAAAUGCACCCACAAUACGCUCGCCGCCUUCACAAAACUGUCCGUCGUUUGGUCCCAGACUCCGAUGUGCGGUUUCUUCUGUCUGAAAGCGGCAGUGGAAAGGGCGCUGCUAUGGUGACCGCUGUGGCCUAUCGACUGGCAGAACAAUCACGACAAAUUGCUCAAACAUUAGCAGAGUUUCGACUGACCACUGAACAGUUACUAGAGGUGAAGAAGCGUAUGAGAACAGAGAUUCAAAAUGGCUUAUCAAAAAGCACUCAGGACAUCGCCACUGUCAAAAUGUUGCCUACAUUUGUUCAACGCACCCCUGAUGGCACAGAGAAUGGAGAUUUUCUAGCUUUAGAUUUAGGAGGAACCAAUUUCAGAGUUUUGCUGGUCAAGAUCCGUUCUGGGAAAAGACGUUCAGUAGAAAUGCACAAUAAGAUUUACGCAAUUCCUCUCGAAGUUAUGCAGGGAACAGGAGAAGAGUUGUUUGAUCACAUCGUCCAUUGUAUCAGUGAUUUCCUGGACUACAUGGGCAUGAAAAGUGCUCGUCUUCCUCUCGGUUUCACAUUUUCUUUCCCAUGUCAGCAGACCAGCCUGGAUGCUGGAAUAUUGGUAACAUGGACCAAGGGAUUCAAAGCAACAGACUGUGAAGGAGAAGAUGUUGUGGGACUGCUGAGGGAGGCAAUUAAGAGGAGAGAGGAGUUUGACCUUGAUGUUGUGGCCAUAGUCAACGAUACAGUGGGAACAAUGAUGACCUGCGCCUAUGAAGAGCCAACCUGCGAGAUAGGCCUCAUUGCUGGUACGGGUAGUAAUGCGUGCUACAUGGAGGAGAUGAGAAACAUUGAGAUGGUUGAGGGAGAUGAGGGUCGGAUGUGUGUCAACAUGGAGUGGGGAGCCUUUGGUGACAACGGUUGCCUCGACGACUUCAGGACUGAAUAUGACCGCUCCGUAGAUGACUUGUCUCUCAAUCCAGGAAAACAAAGAUAUGAAAAGAUGUGCAGUGGGAUGUAUCUGGGUGAAAUUGUGAGGAACAUCCUAAUUGACCUAACCAAAAGGGGAUUCCUGUUCCGAGGUCAAAUCUCAGAGACACUAAAGACCAGAGGCAUUUUUGAGACAAAGUUUCUUUCCCAAAUAGAAAGUGACCGUCUGGCAUUACUGCAAGUGAGAUCUAUUCUCCAACAUUUAGGUCUGGACAGCACGUGCGAUGACAGUAUCAUAGUCAAAGAGGUAUGUGGAGCUGUGUCACACCGUGCUGCUCAGCUGUGUGGCGCAGGAAUGGCAGCUGUGGUGGAUAAAAUUAGAGAAAACAGAGGACUGGACAUUCUCAACAUCACUGUAGGAGUGGAUGGGACGCUUUACAAACUUCACCCACAUUUCUCCCAAAUCAUGCACCAGACAGUAAAGGAGCUGGCACCGCAGUGUGACGUCAACUUCUUGCUCUCAGAGGACGGCAGCGGCAAAGGGGCUGCCCUCAUCACUGCUGUGGGCUGCAGGAUGAGGAGUGAAAUGAAUGGCAAAUAAAUAAUUCAGCAUACACUGCAACCUGCCCAAUAUGGCACACUCUACUGGAGUUCUGUUGCAGUUUCACUAUAUUAUAGAACAAGUUAAAUGUCAACAGCUUUAGUCCAAACAGUAGGGAGGAGAUACUUUCUUCAUAGCCAGAAGAGACAAAAGCGGGAUUAGUUUUGUACAAAAUAGUUUCUUGAUUAUUCCUUCUAUUUAUAUUACAAUGUUAGAACUUAAAACGUGCUCAGUUUGUGCCUGUCGUGCUUUCACACAGGCGCCCUCCACAGGAUAACUGUGGUUACUACACUCAGUUAUAUUUUAUAGUAGCAGGGUGAUAUUGAAAGGGCUAUAAUAAUAAACUUAUAGAAAAAGGACAAAAACAGUGAACAAAGUCAGGACAGCAAAGGAAUGAGUGAUGUAGAAAUGUACAAUGAGAUUAAAGGGAAUAUUUGUUUAUUCUUGAUAUAUUUACACAAUGAUGCUAUUUAUUUUAUUUUUAUAUUUGGAAGUGAAUCUGUGUUACUGAUGAUUACUGUAAACAGCACAUUGGGCCAAAGAGGAACAAGGCUUUUUUUUGCCUGAAUGCAUUUGCUUGUAUUGGCCUACACUGUGCACACGCUGCUGUGUUUAAUUUGCAUUGAAAAGAGUUUCAACAUGUACUGUACCAACAAUAUUCCCACACUAUAUUCCCAUGUUAUACCAUCUUAAAAGGGCAGCACUAAUUACUAGCCUACUCAUGCAAAAGACAGAAUUAUACAACUUCUCUUUUAAAUAUUGCAUGUAAAGUGUUACAGGAAAUUAAAUGGAUUACUGUAAAGGAACAUCUUAAAAAUUGGUGCCAUGAAAGUUCAAACCCUUGUAUAUUAUGUUAAAACAUUCUUUAUACGUUUUGUCCCAUGAAUGUUAAUUGACCUGCUAUUUACAGUGAAUGUAUUGUUCUAGUGCAAUUGUAAUACCAUAUCAAGAAUCUGCCACUUCUGCUUAAAACUUCACUGAUGCUCGCACCUUAUUCUUGCUUUCGUUCACUCAACAUUUGUCUGUCUCAAAUAAAAAUCUUGUAUUGAUUUUAG